AUGUCAUCGGCAAAAAGAAAGGUGGCAGUCAACCAGCCAAGCAGGCCGCAAUUGGCUUUUGCUUUGGCAAUUGUCAAGCAAAAGCCUGUAACCGAAGGCGUCAAGGAGUACCUUCUGAAGUUUCGCCAUUUCCUCAAAAGAAAAAAGGAGUCAGAAGUCGUUGCAGAUGGGAAGUUCUUUGACAGUGUCUCCUUUUGGCAGAAGGCGUACGAAGAGUCUCAAGCGGAGCAAACUAAGCUACUGAACAUCAUUUACGAGUUAGAGCAACGCAACGAGAGCCUACUUGCCAAAGUGAAGAAAGAGUUUCCAGAGAGCGAGAGAAAAAACGGAACCUCGACGAAGCGCAAGGCUGGCAGUACGAGCAACAUCACGGAGAGCUCGGAAUUAAGGAAGAAAAGAUCUCGACGACCUAUGAAGGACAAAGCAGAGGACACGGGAAAUGAGGUUGAAUCGCCUUCACUCAUGAGGCCAAUGUACGCGCUCCAGCGUGCUCUGCAGAGAAGACGCGGCGCCAGUUCUCUCGCCAUCGAUGCAGUGAUUCUGUGCAAGGCAGCCGAGUACGAACUCUUGAGUGCCAUUCAACGGGAAAUUCAGGCAACGAAGCAAAUGGGCCAGACCCAGAUUCAGAAAGAGAAAGGCCUUAAUCUGCUUGCCGUCACUCGAGGCGUGGAGGUAUCCUUCCAUCUGGUGCACAGAUCCCUCAAAAGCAUCGCUGGUGCAAAAAACGGAAGUCAUGGCCAAGUCACCUACUAUCUUGUGUGCCUAUUCGAAUCCACCAUGACAGCUCUGACCCAGCGCUGCACCGCUAUGCGUGAACAAACAACACACGGUCAGGACCAAGUCGCGCCCCUCAAAGCUGAGGCAUACGGGAACCUGACCAACCUUCUCUCUGAGAUGAUACUUUCACUUGAUCUCAGCCGUCAAGAAGACCAGGAGGUUAUGGAAGGGUUCCUUUUCAUAACACUCGACCGUGUGGGAAAGAUGCUUGCUCUAUGUGUAUUCAGAAAUCUGCAUUUGGCGACCAAUUUUUGCCCAAAACUCAGACUACCAGAUGGAUUGACCGCAAUGAACCGGGAGGAUGUAACUCCUCAAGACAUCCAACUUGAAGCGAAAUACCUCAUGAUAUUUUUGGACAAUGUUCUGGGCUCAGAAUCUUCUCUGAAUUCUCCUGAAUCGCCCAUGCAGUCUCGCUUUGUCCGGCAGAUGAAGAAUCGCCUGCAGAAGACUUUGCUGCAAACGGUGUUCGGCACUGAGGACCCUUUGUUCCAAGACGGCUUGGUGCGCCCUACCACUCCGCCUCCCCAGAGCCGCGAUGCCCACCAUGUGGAGGAGGCAGAGUUUCCAGAGUGGUUCACACAGGAGCUAUGGAGACUGGUUGGGUGGGACUUGUUAAACUCAACUGUUCGUUCUCGCUGA